AUGACUGACCUGUGGGUUUCCCUGUCGGUGCUGGCCGCCGCCGUGCUGCUGUGCGAGGCCACGCGCCGGGCGGCGGCGCCUCUUCUCGGCGAAGUUUAUCGGCUCUACUUGCUGGAAACUGUGUCCACGUUCCAGCUGUGCUGCUGCACGCACGAGCUCAAACUUCUGGCUCAAACUGGCGGGCUGGCGCCGCCUGGCAGCGCAGCGCUCACCUACACCAUCACAGUCGUCCACUUGUUCAGUUUUCGGGGGGCGACGUGUAACCCCAGCGCGGCUCUGGAGAGCGUUUGCCGCGGGGCCCGCAGCGUCCGGGCCGCCGUGCUUCUCAUGGCGUUCCAGUUCGGAGCCGCGGCCGCCGCGCGCGUCUUCGCAGCCUCCGCGUGGUCGCUGGGUUUGUCGGACAUGCACCUCCGACACCAAAAGUUCGGGUUCCGAUGUUUUGACCCUCUCGGCGGGACAGUUCUGGAGGCUGCGGCCGUGGAGCUGGCCUGCGCUUUCACGGUGCAAGCUGCGGCCAUGCACGCGCACAAACUGCAGGAGACGCUCAGGGUUCCCUUCGUCGCUGCCGUCAUCACCGCGGUGGUUUACACAGGUGGAAGUGUAUCAGGAGCAGUUUUUAACCCGGCCCUGGCCUUCUCCGUCCAGUUCCCCUGCAGCGGCCACUCAUACCUGGAGUACUGCUUUAUUUACUGGCUGGGACCUGUUUUAGGGACGGCGAGCUGCGUCCUGCUGUUGGAGAAGAUCGUUCCUUUCCUCUCUGGAAAAAGCUCCGCUGUGCAGAAACGGAAGACGCAGUAG